UUUUCUUUUUCUCUCUCCCUCCUUUUCCUUCCUUCUCUUCCUUUUCUCUUCCAUACUCUCAUUGCUCUCUUCACUCUCCUCACUCUCUCCACCCUCUGCUACUCCCUCCAUCGCCCACUCCUGCCACUGCAGCAGCAACACGGUUCUUUUUUCGCGUCAUCGUCAAAGUCGCACUUUCGCCUCCGCCACUUUCCUUUUCUGUCGACUGUAUAUUUGUCAUUCAAACCCUGACCCACCCCAUUCCAUUCCUUCCUUUGCCUUCCUUCGCCUUUUUUCGAAUCCCUCCUUUCUCUCUCUCCCUGCCCAUCUCUCCCCCAUCCCAUUCAAAAUGACUGCAAUGUCGAACCCGAUGUUUGACGACUUUAUCGAGCUCGACCUGCUCGACACCACCGAGACCACCAGCGACAUGUUCUCGUACUAUCUCGGUGGCGCCCCUGGUCUCGACGACAACACCCCCGACCUUGGGGCCGCCGCCGCAGCCCUCGUCGCCACCGCCCCAGACGAGUCCGUUGCCGCCCUGGACAUUGACAUUGACAUCAAGCGUGAGGACCUCUCUGACAGCGAUACACACAUGCUCCUCGAUCCCUCCCCGCUCAACCAGCCCCUUGAACUCUCCCCAGACGCGCACCUGACUCUAGUCAGUCCAGAUCAGUUGACGAUUGCGCCCCAGGCCACCGUUUCUCUCGCCACCGUCUCUCCCGCGUCUGCUGCGGAUGUCUCCGAGGCUUCUACGACCACUAUCGAUGCAGCGUCUGUGAGCACACCGUCCAAAUCGACUGCAGCUAAGCGGUCCAGUCCUGAGCCGUCAACUGCGGCGCGCAAGCAUGCCAAGACAGAGUCGGUGUCAAAAUCAAAAUCCUCCGCCACAUCCGCUCGAAAGUCCUCUACAUCUGCCGCCAGUCCUACAACAGCAGUUGCUGCAGCGCCAUCCAAGGCCUCUAGCGCCACCAAAUCUACCGCAUCAUUAUCUUCGCCAUCAUCUUCAUCGAUCUCUACACCAACAUCCUCUUCCAGUACAACAAGCGCAUCCUCGUCAGAAUUCACAGCAGAAUCCCUCACAUCAACCGCUAACACGACCUUGUCCCCAGCAACACUACAAUUCCUUUUGCAGCAACAGGGGGACACUCCGCUUAUCCCUCAGUUGUUUACGGGCAAGCUUUCGCGAGAGGAGAUCGAGGCUACUCUGGCCCGCUUGCUCGAAUCCACAAAGCAUCUGAUCGCCACUACUGAGGAUGUGGUUCCAAUCAAGGAGGAGGAUUCCCAAGGACAUGGUUCAGACGACGAUUCGGACGACAACAUGGAGAGCGCAGAGAGUGCCGAGGCUGCGGAGCAGACCCACGGUCUCAAGACGCAGCCGGGCAUCAAGACGGAUGAUAUCCCCUCAUCUACAGAUCUGAAGAAGAUGACCUCGAAGGAGCGUCGACAGCUCCGUAACAAGAUUUCAGCACGGAAUUUCAGAGUUCGGAGAAAGGAAUACAUAUUUACUUUAGAAGGGCAGGUCCUGCAACAUAAGACAGAGGCAAGACACUUGCGCGAAGCGGUGACGCUGGUGCAGGAGGAAAACCAGCGGCUCAAGAGCGAGCUUGAGUCGGUCAGGCGUCAACUGGAGGGGACCACGAUAAACAACAGUGCAGCUACUGCUGGAACCAGUGUUGUCACUGCUGCGGCGUCUUCAGAGCAAACGCAGUCCAUCGUAUCUACAGCGCCACUGUCCAAGGAGAGUCAGAGCCUUUUGACCUCGCUCCUGAACCGCAACGUAAGCUCAGCACUGAACGCCAAUGCCAAGAGCAACCUGACCCUGACUCUGCCCCGGCCACAGUCACCGAUCCUUACGCCCAACACGCACAAGGACGUGCCCAAUUCAUCUUCGGGCAGUGCAAGCCAGAACUCGUGGAAGGACAAGAACCCAAUCAUGGUCCACACGACUUUGGUCCCCGAGAUCUGCCUCGGCGAUGAGUUUCAGUUUGGUGGCAAGGCUGGUCAAUCCAAGGAUGAUGUGAUGAUCGAUCGGCCGUGGAUGAAACUCGGUGAUGUUGUUCAGGAAACAAAGUUUGAUGCCAAUCCGUUCUGGAUCUCGGGCGUGAUCUUUGAGCUGAUGAAGACGUUCACGAGCAUGACGAUGGCCAUGUCAAGCCCAGAGAGUGAGAUUGCUACAGUGGAAGAGACCAUGGAUAACGAUGUGGAGUCGGAUGCGGAUCUGGACUGGGAAGUGCAGCAGAGCCUCUGGGCGUUGUCACAAGGUGAGGAUGAGGAGGAACAGAUCCAGCUUCUGUACGAUCUGAGCCAGCUACAGGUUUCUUCAGCUGCCCGCCCCGAGUCACCGGCGCCGGCGCAGGAGGACCCCAACAUGCUUGAAUGGCUGUAUGAGUCGAUGAUGGCUCGCCUGGUGGACAUGGACCUGCAGAGCACUCAGGAACCGUCGUCGUUUGCACCUCUCUCGGAGGCUCACAUGGCGUAAAGUGUUGCGCCUUAUGGGACCCAAUCUGAUCUACAUGUGCCCUUUUUUUUUCUUCAUUUACAAAAGAGAUUCAAGUAGAGAUUUUCCUUGUGUAUAGUCUUCCUCCCCCCUUCCUCUUCUACUCCAUUGUUUUUAUUAUUGUACCUGUUGCUUCAGUUCCCCUGUAAUCUCUUUUUCUUAUUCUUCCAACCUUGUGCUAUAUUCUCUCACCUUCUCUAUUUGUGCAAUUAAAGAUUCAUAACCAAGAAAAAAAA